AUGGAAGACGAUCACCAAGUUCCACUAAAGAAAGCUGACCCUGACCAUCAUCUCUUUGCUUUACCAGUUGAUGAAGAUGGAAAAGCCACAGAAUUCAGACCAUUCUCCAUGGCAUCACCACACAUGCGAGCUUUCCACCUCGCAUGGUUGUCGUUGUUCUCCUGCUUCUUCUCCACCUUCUCCAUCCCUCCACUCAUUGCCGUCAUCCGCGACGAUCUCCACCUCACCGAAACACAUACCUCACGCGCCGCCAUCGCCGCCUUCCUCGGCUCCAUCUUCUCCCGCAUUGCCAUGGGCCCCAUCUGCGAUGUCCUCGGCCCACGCGUCGCCUCCGCCUCCCUCUCCCUCCUCACCUCCCCCAUCAUCCUCGCCACCGGCCUCGUCUCCUCCCCAAACGCCUUCAUCGCCGUACGCUUCCUCGUCGGGUUCUCCCUCGCCAACUUCGUCGCCAACCAGUUCUGGAUGAGCUGCAUGUUCUCGGGAUGCGUCGUAGGCCUCGCCAACGGUGUCUCCGCCGGCUGGGCCAACAUGGGCUCCGGCGCCACCCAGCUCGUCAUGCCACUAAUCUACUCCUUCAUCAUCACAGCAUUCAACUUCCCAUCCUCAACUGCAUGGCGUCUCGCAUUCAUAGUCCCAGCCGUGUUGCAGGCCAGCACAGCGGUACUGGUCCUGACCUACGGGCAGGACCUACCUUCCGGGAGCUACAGACGCGCAUGUAGCUCCGAGAAGGCGUCAAAAAACAAAGACAGUUUUUUCGAGGUGUUGUUCAACGGGGUUAAAAACUACAGAGGUUGGAUCUUGGCCUUGAUAUACGGGUUUUGCUUCGGUGUGGAGUUGACAACUGACAACAUCAUUGCUCAGUACUUCUACGACCGGUUCGGCGUGAACAUUCAGGUGGCCGGAACCAUAGCUUCCAGCUUCGGACUGGCGAACUUCUUUUCGAGGCCAAGCGGGGGUUUGAUUUCCGACUUGUUGGGGAGGAGAUUCGGGAUGAGAGGGAGGCUGUGGGGGUUGUGGGCGACGCAGACGGUGGCGGGUUUGCUGUGCUUGCUGCUCGGACGAGUGGACUCGCUCUGGGGCUCCAUACUUGUCAUGUGCGUCUUCUCUGUGUUUGUUCAGGCUGCGGCAGGACUCACGUUUGGUGUCGUUCCAUUUGUUUCCAAAAGGUCACUAGGAGUGAUUUCAGGUAUAACAGGCAGUGGAGGAACCAUGGGGGCUGUGAUAACCCAGCUCUUACUGUUUUCAGGCUCUACAUACUCAAAGCAGACAGGCAUUUCUCUAAUGGGAAUCAUGAUGAUCGUCUGUACUCUCCCACUCACACUCAUCUACUUCCCUCAAUGGGGUGGAAUGCUAUGCGGCCCUUCCUAUAAGCGCGAUCUCGAUCCAGAAGCAGACCAUUAUCGCUUGCUCGAAUAGAUCGAAUCACAGAGUUAAGCCUCAGAGUUCCAUGAAGCAAGCUAGUAG